AGGCUCCACAGCACCAUGCGGAGCGCCCUGCUGUUUGUUGCAGCCGUCCUGGCCCUCAGCCUGGCUCUCGGGGCCGUCGGUGAGGAGUCACAGGAGCAGGUGGUACCCAGUAGGGGCCGCAGAGAGAAGGUCCCAAACAUCAAGGAGCUGCUCAAGGCGCUCACUAACCACAACUCGGUCUCCGUGGUGGAUGAACUGCUCAAAACUCUGAGCCAGGGGAGCAAGGAUCCUAAGAAACGGUCCUUUCUCCAGAAACGCGACAUGCACGACUUCUUCGUGGGGCUCAUGGGCAAGAGGAACAGCCAGCCAGGCACGCCUGCUGAGGGGACCCCCCAGGGCGCCGCUCGCUCUGGCAGCCCCCCGUACCCCGCCAACAUGGAAUGAGGUGCCCCUCCCCGUCUCCUCUGCUCCCCCAGCUGGCGGUUGGUGGGAGUGUUACCAGGCAGAAGAUGUGAUUUCAUUUUUUUGGUCCUCGGCACUCUGUUUCUAUUCUCCUGGCUGCAUCAUGAACAACCCCGUCACCCCCUCCGAAUCCCCAAGUGCAUGCACUCCGAUUUCCCUUCUCUCCCCAGCCUGCACCCUUCUUGUGCUGAGCCUCCUUCCCCAUCCCUCUACCCAACGCGGAUGUGGACAGUGCAUAGUGACCCCCCAGUUCCAGCUGGCAUUGACAGUAUGUUCCCCUAGCUUCUUCCACAAUAAAGGAUUUUUACAUAUGAAAAAAAAAAAAAG